AAAUCGAUAUCCAUAAAAAAACAAAAUCGAUUUGAUUCGAAGUUAAUGUUUUUUGUUAUAAGUGGAAAAUAUUUGUAAUAGAAUGCUUUUGAAGGAUAAAUUUGUUCUCAUUGUGUUAUGUCUGAUUGAAUUAGAAAUGAAUCAAUGCACAGGUCAAACUGCAAAGAAUAUAAAAUUCAGGAAACAAGAAGAAUUGCGUGCGAACAGCGAAAAGAUGAAAAAAUUAAUUAUAAAGAAUGACAAGAUGAGUGCUCGUCAAAAUUUAAUAAAACUGAAAGAUAAGAAACAACAGGGCACUACCCAAUAUCCGAAUGCACUGCGACAAGGAAAUUUAAAACAUAUACCACGAGUGACCAAAAUGGAUAUGUUUCAAGAUUAUAGCGACCCAACAAGUCCUCCCUCAGCGUUCGCAGACAAUUAUAUUUCUCGAACAUUUAGCUCAUACAAUUUGAAGCAACAACUGACAAGUAUAGCUCAAGAAAUACCUAAUGCAAAUAUAACGAUCGAAGUCAUAGGUAGGACUCUGGAAUACCAAGACAUAUUGAUGCUCAGGAUAUCAGAAAAUACUGGCCACAGAUACUUUAGGGCAGAUGAUCAAAAAUACGCUGAAGAACUGCCGGAGAAGAAGAUAAUAUUUAUAGUUCACGGUCUCAAAGUCAUGGGAAUGAGAGAUAUACCUUGCUUAUCAACGACAGGAUCGUUCCGGGUACUACUGUCAUACUACACAUCGCAUUUAGAUAAAUUUAACAUAUUUUUAAUACCUAUGGCGAACCCGGACGGCUAUACCUAUAUACGGUCAACAUACAAUGAGUUUUGGGAUAAAAACGUGGCCCCGCAGUCAGACUGUCCCGGAGUAGCUUUGGACAGAAACUUUGACGUUGCCUGGAGUCCAAACCGUACGAUCAGUUCGUGCAGUCAGGAGUACCCUGGCGAGGUGCCCUUCUCAGAGGCAGAGACGAGGGCUGUGAGAGACAUCUUCCACAAAUAUGGCCAUAAAAUUGUAGCUUUCUUUAACGUGCAUGCUGGCUCAUAUCAUAGUUCGGUUUUCAGGGGCGAUGCUGUACUCUAUCCGAAGGGUUACAGCGACACGGCGAUAGACGAUGAUAAAUAUAUUGAUUUGAAAGGAGAGAUUGACGAAGUCAUUAGGAAUGCAAGCUUCCAAGUGUAUUCGGUUACUGUUGAUACUUUGUACAACUGGUACGGGCUUGUCAAAGGUUCCAGCGUGGACUACGCCUCAACGGUUUAUGGGAUACCUUAUUCCAUGGAAUUAGUGAUGCAGGGAUAUGAUGAAGAGGGGAAUUACUAUGAUGAAGACUACUCGUAUCUUGCUCUAAAUGAAGUCUGGUCAAAGGUCAUUGACGUCAUUAUGUCAUACAUAUGGAAAUCUAUACAUGGAAACGAUACAAAAUGAUGAAUAAAUAUUUGAAGGAAUA